AUGUGUAGCAGGGGCCAUUGGAGGCCUGCUGAGGAUGAGAAGCUACGAGAGUUGGUGGAAAAAUAUGGACCUCAUAAUUGGAACGCCAUAGCUGAAAAGCUACAAGGAAGAUCAGGGAAGAGUUGUAGGUUGAGAUGGUUUAAUCAGUUAGAUCCAAGAAUCAAUCGAAGCCCCUUCACAGAAGAGGAAGAAGAACUCCUCCUCGCAUCUCAUCGUAUACAUGGGAAUCGAUGGGCAAUAAUUGCUAGACUUUUCCCUGGUAGAACUGAUAAUGCAGUGAAGAAUCAUUGGCAUGUUAUCAUGGCUCGGAGAUGCAGAGAGAGGUCAAAAAUGUAUGCAAAAAGAGCUGCUCAAGCAUCAAGAACUGAUCAGCAGAAAUCUGAGUCGCCAAAGCAAGACAUGCAAGCAAGUAGUAAUCAGAUCAAAUGUAGCUUCAGUCCAAUACUCUUUGAGAAUAAUUACUCUCAAAGGCUUCAUCAGUACCCUCUAACAUUUAGCACUUGUUCUCCAUAUCUAAAGGAGCUAUUGUCUCAAAAACAUAUUCAUGAUAUGAAUAUGAGCCGUGAUAAAGAUAAAAAUGAACCAGUGGAGUUUUAUGAUUUUCUUCAAGUGAAUGCUGACUCUAACAGAAGUGAAGUGAUAGACAAUGUUGCAAGAAAAGAAGACGAGGAAGUGGAACAAGAAUCAAUACUGGAGCAUGAUCAUCAGACAAAGACUGGUGUGCCGUUCAUUGAUUUCUUUUCAGCUGGAGGAGAUCAGUACUCUGAAAUUAUAUCAGAGGGAUGCAAUUAUAACCACUCUGAAAAGGUUUAUUACUGAUGAUAAUGAGAACACUUACAUUUCCAAAUUCUAGGUUCUAACCAAACAUAUUUCCUGCAUCCCGAUUAAUUCCCUGAUAUAUGCAU